GUGGACUUGCUGUAUUAAUCUUGAUCCCGCUAUCAAUCCCGCUAUCAAUCCCUCUAUCAAACCCGUUAUUGAUCCUGCUAUUAAUCCCGCUAUCAAACCCGAUAUUAAUCCCGCUAUCAAUCCCGCUAUCAAUCUCGCUAUCAAUCCCGGUAUCAGUCCCGCUAUCAAUCCCAUUAUCAAUCCCGCUAUUAAUCCCGCUAUUGAUCCCGCUUUUGAUCCCGCUAUCUGUUCGGACUCUCUAGAUUGGUCACGACGUGACAUCGGAUAA